GUUUGAAAUACACUCUCAAAAUGCAUUUAAGGUUUGUUACAACCAAGUAGAUUGGAGGACUGUCAAGGGGAAAUCAAUAGGAGUCCAAAGGUGACUGAACACUGAGAAGAAGAUGGAUGCAAUUCCCCGACCAGAGAUGUUUGAUUUCCAUGGAGUCUCAAUGAUCAACAUGUUCACAGAGAACUGGGAGAAUAUUCAAAACUUUCAGGCCAGACCGGAUGAUAUCCUCAUCGCCACAUAUCCUAAAGCAGGCACUACGUGGGUUUCCAACACCCUUGAUUUACUUCACUUUGGUCAGAGAGAGAAACCCAUCCCAUUGCAUAAAAGAGUGGCUUUCAUGGAGGUUUUUAUUCCAGACUUUCAUUCAGGAGUAGAUUUGGCAGACAAGCUGCCCACCUCCCCUCGACUCAUCAAAACUCAUCUUCCUGUCCAGUUCGUGCCAAAGUCAUUUUGGGAACAAAAAUCCAGGAUUGUCUACAUUGCCCGCAACGCAAAAGACAAUGUUGUGUCUUAUUUCCACUUUGAUCGCAUGAACAAGGCUCAUCCAGAACCUGGAGAUUGGAGCAGCUACCUUCAGAGAUUCAAGCAAGGAAAGAUGGUGUUUGGAUCCUGGUACGAUCAUGUGAGCAACUGGUGGAAGAAGAAACAGACUUAUUCAAAUCUGCACUACAUGUUCUUUGAAGACAUGGUUGAGGACACCGGGCGAGAAAUAGACAAACUCUGCUCCUUUCUUGGUUUGACUCCUUCAGUCGAGGAAAAGACGAGAAUCGUAGGAGAAGUUCACUUUGACAAAAUGAAGAACGAUGAGAUGGCUAACUACUCAACAAUCUCUGAUUUUGAUUUCAAAGUUUCUCCCUUCAUGAGAAAAGGAAAAGUGGGCGACUGGAAGAAUCACUUCACUGUGGCUCAGAAUGAAGAGUUUGAUGAAGACUACAAGACAAAAAUGAAGGAUCCCACUCUCCAGUUUCGCACAGAAAUUUGAAAAGAACCAGAUGUGUAGAUGUUGAAUGAUUGACUGCAUGAGACACUUCUGAGUGGAGACAUGCAGAUUGCAGAUGUUGCUGAUUCAUCAGAAUCAGAGCUGCAAGGCAUGAAACACAAAUGAACGCAUGGAAUCAAAAGACUUUUCAUGUAACAUUCAUGUGAUUGUUUCUGAUUUGAGAGGAUAGAUUUAUGUCAAAUCUUGAUUUUGAGUG